AUUUUCUCUGAGAAAUGGCUAAUUCUUUACAACAUAUUUCAGAUAAGAUGAUGAAGAUGGACAUCGACAAGGUUGGUGUCCAGUCUCUCGGACUCAGUCUGAUCCCAGCUGUGCCUGACCAGUUCUUGGUCAAGUAUAACCCACCGAAAAUAUGUGUUGUUUAUCAUUUUUAAAGAUCAUAGCGACAAAGACCAAUUUUGGCGUGAUAUCCCUCUUGAGAUAGGCUCUGACUCCACUGCUAAUUCAGUGACCGAUUUUCUAUUCAAGGAACACAGCUAUUAUUUCGAUUCUAGCCUGAUAAGCCAAGAUCAGGUUACAAAAUUAAUAGGCAUGAUCCUCAAGAAAAAUGGUAAAAUUGGUCAGCGGGAGGAGUUUAAAUAACUCUGGAAUUAGCGGCCUAGAGAAUGUCUUCAAUGGAUCAGAAGGUAGCCACCUUUUCGAUGACAUUGAGAAGCCUAAAGGCCUUAACAGCGCCAUUGGGAAUCCAAUGGCAAAGAAAAGUGCUCUUGAGCCUUUGGACCAUCCUCAGAAGGGGAAGCUAGAGCCUUUAGAGAAUAAGCCUCAGCCUAAAAAUGAUGAAUUUGAUUUGUUGGAUCUUGAUGGCUUUGGUGAGCCAGAGAAGAAACAGGAGGCAAAGAAGGACCAGAAGAUCGAUGAUGAUUACGGAUUUGAUUUUGAGUUUGAGUCUCAUGGUCCCGAAGAAGGAAACCCAAACGAUCAAGCUAAAGCUUCAAUAGAUAUGGAAAAUUUUGAAAGAGAGAAGGAAAAAUCUAAAGCAAACCCUAAAUAAGGAUAAAGAUGACGAAGAAGAAGACUGGCUCAUUAUUGAAGGCAAAAGAUACAGAGAAAUCAACAUAGAAGGCGAUGACAACGAGUACAUCAUGGAUGAAGAAGGCAACAUUUAUGACCUUAAAGGGGUGUAUAUAGGCACAGCAAAAGAUGGAGGAGAAGAGUCUGAAGAAGAAGAAGACAAAUAA